CGCCGGCGGCGUCGGUUCCCCACCCGGAGCCUUUAGGGAGCAGCACCCGCCUGGCUCCGCCCAGGGAGGGAGAAGGUGGCUUGAAGGGCUGCAGAAAUGGCGACUCUGGCAGCUUCCCGUGUCGCCCUGCGUGGCCUGUCCAUUUGGAGGCCGCUCGCGGCGUCCGGCGCACCCGCUCGCUCGCUCCAUCAGACGCCCGUGACGGACAGCACAGACAGUUCUGCUCAGCUUCAGCAGAAGAGCGCCAGCACCGUCGUUCAGAAGAAGUCGUACCUUCCUAGCAGCCGGGGGGAGUACGUCAUCACCAAGCUAGACGACUUGGUCAAUUGGGCUCGGCGGAGCUCCUUGUGGCCAAUGACCUUCGGCUUGGCUUGCUGCGCCGUCGAGAUGAUGCACAUGGCUGCCCCCCGCUACGACAUGGACCGCUUCGGUGUAGUCUUCCGAGCCAGCCCCCGGCAAGCCGACGUCAUGAUCGUGGCAGGCACGCUCACCAACAAGAUGGCGCCCGCCCUCCGGAAGGUGUACGACCAGAUGCCUGAGCCACGCUAUGUAGUCUCCAUGGGGAGCUGUGCUAAUGGUGGCGGCUACUACCAUUACUCUUACUCAGUGGUUCGUGGCUGUGACCGGAUUGUGCCGGUAGACAUCUACGUCCCAGGUUGCCCCCCAACAGCCGAAGCUCUGCUCUACGGGAUCCUGCAACUGCAGCGCAAGAUCAAGCGGGAAAAACGACUCCAGAUUUGGUACCGGAAGUAGCUGGCGGGCCCGAAAACGACGGUGGCGCACGUGGUUUAGCGCAUUUUGCACACGGCUUUCUCUACAAGUUUGCAAUUAUAUAGAGAGAUAAACAGAGUACAUUGGU